ACUCCAUGUUUUGCCCUGCCCUGUGCGCUCUGCUCGCUGUGCAGCGUGCGUCUCCGUUGCAUUUCGCUUUCCUCACACUGACAUAAACACGGGGCAGCGGUGUGUGCGUGCGCUGGAGAAGUUGUUGGCACACUGAGCACCAGGUAGCUUCUUCACGAGGAUUUUGUUCAGACUGGGACCGAUCUGACUCGUUGGCUAUUUCUUUUCUUUUCGAGGGGAAAAUGAGGUGGAAGCACCAGCAUCUAAAGUGAGGAGUCUCUCUCCCUCUCUCUAUUUUAAAAAAUGAAAAUCUGAUCGCGCAGACUGGAGAAAUCAUUCAAUCAGGCUUUGUUUUUUGGGGAUUUCUCUUAUUCUAUCGGAUCUCUUAUUUCUCUGUGAAACAUUAUCAAGGAUUUCACUGAUGUAUGCGAUGUGGAGACUGCAAGUCGCCUUAUGUACUCUGUCGGUGCUGUCCCUGUCAUCCGGUGGUGAAAGCAAAGCGCGGAGCUGUAGCGAGGUUAGACAAGCUUAUAACGCUAAAGGAUUCAGCCUCGUCAAUGUACCUCAUCAGGAAAUAUCAGGUGAGCACCUGCGUGUCUGUCCUCAGGGAUACACCUGCUGCACGUCAGAGAUGGAGGACAAACUUAACCAGCAGAGCAAACUGGAGUUUGAGAAAUUGGUUGAGGAGAGCAGCCACAAAAUGAGAACAACAUUUGUCUCCAGGCAUAAAAAGUUUGAUGAGUUUUUCUUGGAACUGCUGGACAAUUCUGAGAAGUCACUCAACAGUAUGUUCACACGGACAUACGGGAAGCUGUAUAUGCAGAACUCUGAAGUAUUCCAGGACCUGUUCACUGAGCUAAAGCGCUACUACACGGGGGGCAACGUCAACUUGGAAGAGAUGCUGAAUGACUUCUGGUCCAGGCUGCUGGAACGCAUGUUCCAGUUACUUAACUCCCAGUACCACUUUACAGAUGACUACCUGGAGUGCGUCAGUAAAUACACAGAUCAACUAAAGCCUUUUGGAGACAUUCCCAGAAAACUUAAGGCCCAGGUCACCAGAGCGUUCAUCGCUGCACGGACGUUUGUCCAGGGGCUAAUGGUGGGUCGGGAAGUUGCCAACAGGGUUGCUAAGGUGAAUGUAGCUCCAGCAUGUGUUAAAGCCUUGACCAGGAUGCUGUACUGUCCAUACUGUCGUGGAAUGCCUGGGCUCAAACCCUGUCCCAACUACUGUCACAACGUAAUGAGAGGCUGUCUAGCAAACCAGGCAGACCUAGAUUCUGAAUGGAACCUCUUCAUUGAUGCCAUGCUGCUGGUGGCAGACAGGCUGCAAGGCCCCUCCAAUAUUGAAGCAGUUAUACAACCAAUUGACAUCAAGAUCUCUGAUGCUAUCAUGACUAUGCAGGACAACAGCAUGCAAGUGUCAGCCAAGGUCUUUCAAGGGUGUGGCCAACCAAAGCCAUCAGGAAUAGGCAGGUCUGCGCGGGGCAUCUCAGAUGUGUUCAGCGGGCGUUUCAGGCCCUACACCCCUGAGGAGAGGCCAACCACUGCAGCUGGAACUAGCCUGGAUAGACUGGUGAUUGACAUCAAAGAGAAGCUCAAGGAGUCCAGAAGGUUCUGGUCCAACUUGCCAGAUGACAUCUGUGCCAAGGGCAAACUCACAGAGCCCGAUGAGGAGCAGUGCUGGAACAGCCACACUAAGGGCAGAUAUUUUCCUGAAGUGGUGAAGGAGGGUCUAACCAACCAGGUUAACAACCCGGAGGUGGAAGUGGAUAUCACCAGGCCCGACACGCUGAUUCGGCAACAGAUCAUGGCGCUACGUGUCAUGACCAACAAGCUGAAGAACGCAUACAACGGAAAUGACAUCUACUUCCAGGACUCCAGUGACGAGGGCAGCAGCUCCGGCAGCGGCAGCGGUUGCUCCGACGGCUGCACAACAGAGUUUAUUUUUGUUGGAACAGAGGCUCCUGUGAUCGGAGCUGACAGAAGCGAUGAGCGCGCAGCAGCCGCGGGCAAGUCAGUUUCCUGCGGACCCUCCGUGCUGCUGCUGACGGUUGCCCUCACACUCCCGCUUUGGGCGAUGCAGACUCAGUGGAGAUAAUACAGUGUGGCCCGCAUUACCGCUGACUUUUUUUUACUGUUACGUAACAGUAUGUUUAACAGCAAGUUGUACUGCUGUUCCCUCACUGGACAUGUAGAGCCUCCUGGAAACCUGUUGAGAAUGGCUUACUGUAUGGUGUGGUAGGAGUGAAAGUGAGUGCAGUGCUGCAUCCCGCUUGUCCCCCAAAGAAUGCUUGGUGCCAUCAGUGAACCAGCUUUCACAUCUCUGAAAAUAAAGAAAAUGUGUUUUCUCAUUAUUCUAAAGUGAGUUUUGGAGGGCGAAAAAAAACAAAACAUGCUUCUGUUUUAGAAAUGAAACCCUCUAAAGACGGUUCUGUCAGUGAUUUUUUUUUCCAGAUAAAAAGGAAUCUAUUUUUCUUUUCCUUUGUAUGAUGAAUGGAGAAAACGAGACAACACCUAUUUUAUCCUAUUAGUCUUCUCCCCCAAAAGGAAAAACAAAAUCAAAAGGAGAAAGUUUUACUGUGUGCAUGCGCGGAUAUGAUGUUAACUGACAAAACAUUUUUUUUUUUUUUUUUUUGCGUUUUUAUGCAGGCUACAGUUUUUUGGAGUGAUUGUGCAGGUUGUACAGUGCUAGCAGUUCGCCUGGUUUCCCGUUUGGUCAUAUCGACGUGGCUUCAGGAAGCAGCAGGUCUUACAGCCACUUUAUUGUUGCACAUUUGAUUAUCUCUUGAGAAAGUGCUAUCGUACUGCACUAAGAGAACUACUUUGCACAGAUUAUUUUUGUUGGCUUCAUAAGUUUCUACAGCUACAGGAAACAUCCACCCCACAGAGAAAACGAUCUAUAUUUUCAGAUCAUUUAACUGAUUGUAUUGUACUUAUAAACAGUUACAGUAUGUGUUACAGUGGAAGGUACUGUAAUGUAAUCUUACUGGCAAUGGAUACUUUUUUUUAACAAGUGUGUCAUUGUUUCUACAAAUUAUUUGAUCAUCUGUUAAAUAAAAACUAAGAAUGGUUCUGCAGCAGCACUAAUUGCCUGUUAACAGCGUUCAGGUAUCUAAUUUACUUUCGUCUGUCUGGGUAGUUAACAUGCACUCACGCUGGUUCUGUUAUUCUCAGAGGACUUGGAGCAUAGUAAUAGUAGAUAUAUGCUUAUGAAAUUUUAAUUUCCUUAAUUUUCUUGGCUGCCACACUGAUGAAUUUCACUUUUUGUUACUUGUUUAUUUGCAUACAUGUAAAGUUACCAGUCGUAACCUCUGACAUCCUCUGCUGGUUACCCCUCAUGUCUUGCGAUGCAUCAUACUGAAAUUUGCAUGUUCUUUGGUUAAUGAGAGCAGACCUAUGCCCCCUACAGGCUAUAUGUGGUGCAAUUGGUCGUGUUCUCUUAGAGGACGCGUACAAUGUCAGCAACUUUUAAAAAAGAGUUCCAAGGCCAGAGGGCUCCAAAUGUACUCCUACAACUAAGGUAACUAUUCGUAACUUUCACUCUGUGUCCUGCAGGCUUUGACCUUUAGCAGACUCAAGAGGCUCAGGGAGCAAAGCACUUCACAAACACAACACAGUGGUUGAUGUCGAACUGUAUACCAGAAGGGUUCAUAGCUGAGCGAAAGGCUAUAAGUGGCAGCCAUAAUAAGAACUGGUCACCUUCGCCGAAUGCUAAAGUAAUGCACUUUGUGUUCUGUCUCCUUUAGCAUGAGAUGCACUGCACCAUACUUUAUGAAAGGAAAUGAGUUAAUGCUGUCUCCCAGUUCCUCGGGGUUAGAGCGCACGCAGCUGUUAUGAAUGUGAGCACGCUGUUGUUUCAGUUUAAUAACUGUUAGCCUGCAGUCUUUAAAGAAAAAAUUCAAUUCCAACAUUGGUUAAAAAAAAAAGUAAGCUUUUUCAGUGAACUGACACUUUGUCUAUCACAUCAUGCCAGAUGACCUCACCUUUUGCCCUGUGUCAGCUCUGAUAGGCUCAAGCCUUACAUAAGUGUCUAGGAAGGACUUUUUCUUUUUUGUUAUACUAGAGAGACGAUAGUUUUAAAGUACUCAGCAACAACUUGAUAACACCAAUCUGCCAAGUGAGAUUCAAUUAGCACUAAGUUCUAAGUUCUCAUUAAUUCUCCUCCACAUUUUACCUCAUGACAUUUUCUAUUAAGAUCAAGGGAAAGGGUUUAGAAAAAAAGAUGGGACUUUUCUUUUUUUUUGACAAUUCAUCUGCAACUAAUGGCUUUAACAUCUAGUCGCAGAGAAAUGUAGCUUUCGGAUACAGUAUCUUGCAAUAUGUAGCGUGAAUAUUGUUGAAGCCAUCACGAGUGUGCCCGGAGGAUUGAAUCUCAUCAGCUCAUAAGUACCUGAAAUGUUUUCACAAUACACAAGCCCAUUACUUCAACAGAGACCUUCCAGUAAAUACACAAAUAGACAAAUCAAUAGCUGCUAUGAGCAGCUAAAGAGAUCUUGUGUUUCAUGUACAAAAGCUUAAUAAAGAAAAUUCGGGGCACGAGUUUUCCUCGUCUCCACAGCAUGAAGAGGGGAUAGAAAAGCACAAAGUUUGCGCAAGUGUCACGAAUCUCUUCACAGAAAACACCAUAAGGGAAAUCUACCCUCGGUGCGCUCAUAUGACUCACGAGAGAGAAACUGAGCACCACAGGAAGCUCCCACAGUUGACCUCUUUCACCUCACUCCUUAUCGAAAUGGUUUUGGGAUAAGGUGACUGAACAGCAACCUCCUACUGAAAAAAACACAAAAAACCCAACGGCAUAGCAAUUAAAUCACUGAACAGCAAACCUUAUUUGUGUAGCACAACAACUGUGUUUAACCAAAGCACGACUAAAGACAACACUGAAGUGAUUAACGAAAGGCCACCCAAUAACUAAUUGUGCACUGAGCAGAUUAAUGCAGAAACAGGAAGGCAGAGCAGUUCCAUUCACCUGUCAUCAAAACUGGUUGAAAAUCACAAGGGUUCACCCUGACUGAGGUGAAACGUUAGCGCAUAGAGCGAAACAAAAGCUGACAAAGUAAAUCGUAAACAGAUUUGGAGGAUAAAUCAUGACCCAAAACAAGCGUGUGACAUACGAAGAGACUUUAAUCUUCUUUCUAUUACUCUAUAAAACAAGCGUAUAAACAUUUUCCUCACUGGGUUUAUAUCUAAUGGCGUUUUCCAUCUUUUCACGGUACCGCUUUUAUUUUAAUUACUAUAUGUCAUCCCAUUAUGCAGCCUGAUGUGUGACUAAACAUUUAGCACUAUCUGCUGUUUACCCUAAUGCUUAGUUUCUAAUAUUCACAUGACAGCAGGGGCAUAGACAAAAAAGAUGUUUUGUGUGCUUGUUUUGUUUUUUUUUUUAGAAAUGUCUUUAAAAUGUGCUGUACAUCUGGAUAAAAAUGGAACUACCGACUACAUUCUUUGCUAAGACAAAUCUAUAAAGAAACAGUGUGCCUGAACUCACUCUAUCUAUUUUUCAUAUAUAUAUUAGUGGUGCAACGAUACACAAAAUUCACGGUUCGGUUCGAUUCGAUACUUUGGUGUCACGGUUCGAUAU